AUGCCAGACUCAACCCUCUACCUCUACACUUCCCUGACCGCGGGGUCAUCGCACAUCAUCACCGCCACCUCCCGAAUCGAGACAAUCCUCAAAGCGAACAAACUGCCAUUCCGCGCCAUUGAUGUUGCCACCGAUGAAGCUGCCCGGAAGCUCUGGGGCCGGCGCUCCAAGGGCAAGAAGCUUCCAGGGCUGGUGAAGUACGGCGAUAUUGUGGGAGAUCUAGAAGAAGUUGAAGAAUGGAAUGAGUUCGGCGAAUUGCCAGCGACCGAGACCAAAUCCCAGCCCACACCCGCCACCCCGAAACCCUCCACGAUCAAGAUCCAAACCCCUCCCAAGCCCGAAGACAAGAAGGAUGAUACGGCCGUUCUGGCGCUGCGCCAGGCCAGCUCUGAGGCUGCCACCAAGGCGAAGGCCAAGACAGAUGAUAAGAAAGAGCCGAAAGAACAGGCUGCAGAGGUACCUGCCGCCAGCAGUGCGCACCGUGGCUCGGUGGCCCCCGAAUUGCCCGACACCGCUCCCGAUUCACCAAAGUCUACGAAACGCCCGACCCUAGUUCCCGAACAAGCGGCCGUAUCAUCGGCAAACUUCCACGCAGAUAAUGCAGAGGUGCUCGGAUUAGUUGAACACCAUCGUUCGUCCAGGGUGUCUACGCUCGAGAACGCGGAUCAAGACAAGGCGGUGCAUGAGAUCCGACAAUCCAUCUCUGCAGAGCCCACGGGCGAGCUUGAUGCUUUGCGCAAAGAGGCUACAGAGAAGGCGAAGUCGGAGCCGAUUGAGGAGGCGUCGAGUCCGAUCAUUGAUGUGGCUGUGGAGAAUAAGGAAGAGCUUAUGGAGCCCAAUGAGCCUAAGGGAAAUGCUAUCGCUGAAAUGAUUGCGACGGCUGUUGCGCCUCAAGCACUCAAGCCGGAGGCUAAGAAGGAGGAGGCUAAGAAGACGGAAGAUGUGAAGGAUGAUACCAAGGCAGGGCUGACUCCCACAAACAAGUCCGCGGAGUAG